AUGGCAAACCGAAUGACCGUGGUAUCACUGAGCAUCGCCUUGUUUGCCUUUGUUGUGUGGUAUUAUUGUUGUUCAUCUGACGAACUACCAAACAAAACAAGACCAAAAUAUGGUGGUUAUAUCGGUGGGAGUCUACGGAUCGAUUACGGCGAACGGUCGAUUAUUAUCACAAACGCCGACCAAAGGGAGGUCGUUUACAUUCGUUUGAAAAGUUCAUCGGCCGAAUUCAGGUCAUCGCAAUGCGAUGCCAACAGCUUGAGCUCGCACGAACAUUGUGAACUGUUCGACGACGUUUUAGUGACAUGGAAUAAAAAAAUACACGACCUAGCAGAAUGUUAUGAUAUUGAAUACCAGGCUGUCCUCCCUGGCGCAUCGCUUGUGAACUGUAUUGACCUCAAAGAAGCUCAUUGGUACGGUGGUAGUGGGUUCUUUGAUCAGCGUUGGCCAAUUGAAGCCAAGAUACCGAUGCAACCUUAUUUAUCGAGCGACGUUGGUCUUGAUGAUAAAAGUACGUCCAAGUUUGGUUCAAUUCUAGAGCGUUACUGGGUGAAUAGCCAAGGUGUUGGAGUCCAUCUUGACUAUCAGAUUCCUUUGCAUGUCAGUAUUAACAACGAUAACGAUGACAUGCUAUGUCUCAAAUCAGACGGAUCAGUCCCGCCGUACCAGAACUCAGCUGACAAAGAUGAAUCACUACGUUAUCGAGUUUGUAUCAGUGAUAAUGUCAAGAAAGUUCACCAGUUUAUGGCAGGACAAUAUUUCGAUAAGCCAUACGACAUACCCGAUGAGCGCAUGUUCCGAUCCCCCGUGUGGUCCACGUGGGCACGUUAUAAGAUGAAUAUAAACCAGACGAUCGUUGUCAACUACGCCCGCGAAAUUCGAAAACAUGGAUUUUCCAAUAGCCAGCUUGAAAUAGACGAUAAAUGGUCGACAACUUAUGGAGAUAUGGAAUUCGACACAAACAAAUUUCCAAAAGCCGCUUUGAUGGUUUCUACGUUACAACAACUGGGUUUUAGGGUAACUGCCUGGGUGACUCCAUUCGCCAAUGUUGACUCCAAAGCAUACGAAGUGGGAUCACGGAAAGGAUACUGGGUCAAAGAUGCGUCUGGAAAAAAACCGGCGUUGAUAAAGUGGUGGCAGGGUGAGGGCGCCCUUCUCGAUGUUACCAACCAUAACGCCAUCCAGUGGUACGUAGACAGACUGAGAGAAUUACGUCAUGACGUCAGACUCAGUUCGUACAAGUUCGAUGCCGGAGAAAUAAACUUUCUUCCACCGUCCUGCAUUACGCAAACUCCGUUGCUACAUCCGGGACAGUACACUACAAAUUACGUAAAAACGGCGGCGAGCCUAGGCGAUCAAAUCGAGGUUCGAGCAGGACAGCAAACGCAAAGCAGGCCCAUAUUUGUCCGGAUGUUCGACAAAUUUUCGAAAUGGGGUUAUGAUAACGGCUUGAAAACCAUGAUACCAACGGCACUCAUGAUGGGGUUGCUAGGUUACCCGUUCAUCCUCCCGGACAUGAUUGGAGGCAAUGCGUACGGGGAGGACUUCUCUAAUGACGUCAUCAUGCCGGAUCGAGAACUUUACAUUAGAUGGAUGCAACUUACCGCUUACAUGUCCGCGAUGCAGUUCUCCAUAUCACCAUGGCAAUACGAUAACGAGGUUGUUCUCAUUGGGCUAAAGAUGGUGAAAGUACACGAAGAAAUUGUCACCCCACUUAUGAUAAGACUUGCCAAAGAAGCGACACAGACAGGAGAUCCUCUUAUACGUCCAGUGUGGUGGAUCGCCCCCACCGACGAAACCGCCUUAACUAUCGACUCUGAAUUUCUUAUCGGAGAUGACCUCCUGGUUGCUCCAGUUCUAGAGAAGGGAGCCCGGGUACGAGAUAUAUAUCUUCCACCUGGGAAAUGGAAAGAUGAUCUUGGUAUUUUUGAAAGUGGUGUUGAUGGUGGAAAGUGGUUACGCGAUUACAAAGUUGAACUUGACCAAAUUGCUACGUUUUCCAGGGUUCAUGAACCUGGUAACAGUAUUUAA